CGCGCCAGUGGUGGCUCAGGAGGGAGGGCGGCAGGUGCCUCCGCGAUGGGGAACCGGGUCACCCGCAGCGACUUCGAGUGGGUCUACACCGACCAGCCCCACACCCAGCGCAGGAAGGAGAUCCUAGCAAAAUAUCCAGCCAUCAAAUCCCUAAUGGGGCCAGAUCCCCACUUAAAAUGGGUUGUGGCAGGAAUGGUCUUCACCCAGAUUCUGGCCUGUUACCUGGUGAGAAAUUUAUCCUGGAAGUGGGUUUUCUUCUGGGCCUAUGCUUUCGGAGGCUGCAUCAACCACUCCAUGACGCUGGCGAUCCAUGACAUCUCUCACAACGUGGCCUUUGGGAACAAGCAAGCCAGGUGGAACAGAUGGUUUGCUAUCUUUGCCAACUUGCCCGUUGGACUCCCUUACUCUGCUUCCUUCAAGAAAUACCACAUUGACCACCACCGGUACCUUGGCGGACAUUAUUUGGAUGUGGAUAUUCCUACUGAUUUUGAGGGUUGGUUAUUCUGCACGCCGCUUCGGAAACUGGUCUGGAUCACUCUCCAGCCGUUGUUUUAUGCCUUGAGACCACUCUGUGUGAAUCCCAAAGCCAUAACUGAGAUGGAAAUCUUUAACGCCUUGAUCCAGUUCGCCUUUGACCUUCUUGUCUUCUACUUAUGGGGUCUGAAGCCCAUUAUUUACAUGAUAAGUGGAACGUUACUUUGCAUGGGUUUGCAUCCAAUUUCUGGGCACUUCAUCGCAGAACACUAUAUGUAUUUGAAAGGAUAUGAAACAUAUUCCUACUAUGGGCCCCUCAACUGCAUUACAUUUAAUGUUGGCUACCAUAUGGAGCAUCAUGAUUUCCCCAGCAUUCCUGGUUCCAAGCUGCCACUGGUAAGGAAGAUAGCAGCAGAAUAUUACGAUACCUUACCACAGCACCAGUCCUGGGUUCGAGUUCUUUGGGACUUCAUUUUCGACAAUACCAUUGGCCCUUAUUCAAGAGUGAAGCGAAUAUGCAAGCUAGCAUCAGAAUCUCAAUAGAUACCAGCUCCAGCUCCACCCUUACUUGUUAUA